UUAUUUUGAAGUAUAUAUAUAUAAAUAGAAUGGUUAAAAAAUUGGGGAAUCGUCAAUGCUUUUUGCUCCUUUUAUGUCUACAAGCUGCGUUAGCAACUUCAUGGCCGAAGUCGAAAAAAAAUAUUGUCCAACACAGGGAUGGAGACAUAAUAAUUGGAGGAUUUGUCUACGUACCACAAGAAGAUCAGGGAAUACAAACUGUUGAGGUCAUAAAUAUGGUUGUCGACCAGGUGAACAAAGACGAAAAUAUUUUGCCUGGUAUAACAAUUGGAACUAUCAUGAUAAACACAAAUCGUUCUGGGAUUUACACAAUGCCGCAGAUUGUCAAUGAAUUCUUUCCUUUAUUUUCCGAUUUACAACAGUUCUGUGAAGUCAACUUUACAAAUUGCAAGAAAAAGCCUCUUUUUGCAGGAUUUAUUGGCGCUUCAUCUAGCACGGUGUCUAUCCACACAUCGAGGUUGCUACAAGGAUAUUCUAUCCCUCAGAUCAGCUACUGGGCAACAAAUUCAAUAUUGAGUAACAAAAAUGAGUUUCCAUAUUUCUUCAGAACUGUGCCAUCGGACGAUCACCAGACUGAAGCAAUGAUCGAAUUUGUGUACAGCCGGAGAUGGAAUUAUAUAUCGAUUGUCUACGAAAAUUCACACUACGGAACAAGGGGAUAUAAGGAUUUGGAGGUUAAGGCAGCUGCGAGGAAUAUAUGCAUUGCAGAAGCUUUAAGUAUGCCAACAGAUAAUAACGACGAUAACACGGAUGAAGUAGAUGAAGUCAUAGAAACUCUGAGAGCAAAACAUGGAAAUCGAACAUCAGCUGUCAUUCUACUCCUCACUGAAAAAGCAGCAAAAAAAAUAAUGCAAUCAGCUGUCAACAGUAAUUCUGCAAAUCAUUUUCUUUGGAUCGGAGGAGACGCCUGGACCAAAUUGUUACCAGAACGGACAGAAAACGAAUUUGAUUCAUACAAAUACGAAAUCGACGGUGCUAUUGGAUUCCUACCUAAAUCUGAUCCUGUACCAGGAUUUGAAAAUCACUUCAAAAAUUUAAAACUCGAAACAAAUCGACAUCGAAAUCCGUGGUUUGCGGAAUAUUUUAGCAAGAUCAAAAACUGUUCCUUGGUAGCGGAUCCACCGGAUCGAUGUCCUGAAAAUGAAUCAAUUGAUCUUGCAAAUUUCAAACAUUUUCCAUACAAUGGCAGAAUUGCUAAUGCAGUUCUCUCAUUUGUUCAUGCUGUCAAUAAAAUACACCAAGAAGAAUGUAAUGGAAGAUCAGGAAUAUGUGAGAAAAUGGAAAUGAUGACAGGAACUACGGAAUUUGCAUCUAGAACAGCAGAACAUCUAAAAAAUGUUACGUUCCAAGGAAUCGAUGGUCAUCAGUUCUAUUUCAACGAACAUCAAGAUGCGCCUCCUGAGUAUGACAUUUUUAAUUACAAAAUGGAAACGGAGAAUUGGGUUAAAGUUGGAAUAUACUCAAGCUCUGGAAUUAGAAAUCUAAACGUAACAACGCAAAAAGUGCUUGACACCAAAUCAAAUUGCUCUGACGAGUGUGAGCCACAUCAUGUAAAGGAAAUUUCUCAAAUAAAAUGCUGCUGGAUUUGUAAACCCUGUGGUGACCUAGAGUUUGUUUCUAAUGAGUCCAAAUGUGAACGUUGUGCUGAAGGACAAAAGCCUAAUUCAAGUUAUACAGGUUGUGAAAAGAUGGUGAAAAUAUAUAUGUCAUAUGAAAAACCGGAAAGUAUUGCAUCCUUAGCUCUUGGUAUUUUUGGUACAAUUUUAACCAUCGUAAUUUCUGUCCUGUACUAUAAAUACAAGGAGACGCCAAUAGUAAAGGCAUCUGGUAAGGAGCUGUGCUUCGUUGUUCUCUUUGGCAUGUUCAUCACGUUCGCGAAUUGUUGGUUUAUCAUUUCAUAUCCCUCAAUCGCAUCGUGCAUCCUGUCUCGAACUAUACUCUCGCUUGGGCCUACAAUAAUGUAUGGAGCACUACUCAUGAAAACUCUCCGAGUGGUUAUCAUAUUCAGAAACAAAGUUUUAUCUCCGAAUAUAAAAUUGCUUCUUCGACCAAGAUCCCAACUUGCAUUUACUACCUUACUAACAUUUGUGCAAGUGCUUGUGUUGGUAAUAUGGUUUGCCAUAGAUGGACCGGAAAUAAAAAUGAAAAAAACUGAAGAUAUUGGGACCGUAUUUUUGACUUGCCACACCUUUGUUCACAGCGAAGUUAAGAUAGGAUUAAUUUAUCCGUUUUUAUUGAUUAUAUUAACUACAAUUCUGGCAACAGUAAAUCGAAAUGUUCCUACAGGAUUCAACGAAGCAAAACUAGUCGGAUUCACAAUGUACACAACAUGUGUAAUAUGGCUCGGAUUCAUUGCCAUAUUUGUCACAAAUAAGACGAAUUAUGAACUCAAGCUAACAGUUGUUUCAUUGUGUUUGAGUCUAAACGCGUGUACAGUUUUAUUCUGCAUGUUUGGACAUCGUUGUUACACAAUUCUUUUCCACCCGGAACAAAACACGUCACAGUCCGUGAUGACUCCAAAGCGAAGCUCAUACUCAGUCAGAAGCAAUUCAUCAAGACAAAAGAAAAACGGGGAAUCAUCACUUUAUGUCGCUGAGGUAAAGCAUGAAGAGCAAGAUCGAACAUAAUAUAUUAAUAUGCGUCAGAUUGUCUUGAAUAUUUGUAAUAUUGUUUCAUACGCAUUUAGUCAUUCCUAAAGCCAUUCACCGAAGAAAACAUUUUAUGUUAAUUGGGACUUUACAAGACGAACGUUACAUUUUAAAUUAUAUGAGGUUGCACGUCUUUUUAUUUGCAUUGUUUUUUUUUUUGCUUUGAGUAAUUGUAUAAUGGCAAAUGGGACCUUAUAUCAAUCUCUAUAUCUAACUAAGUUAUCACUUAAAUAUCACCACAGUAUGUGUAUAUAGAGCACUUGAACAGUUUCAAAUUUUCAAUUUUAUAUCACCACUGUAAAUUCUAAAUAAUUACAAUUAUUACUUAUUUUUUUCCUC